AUGUUGUUUUCUACUUCAAGUAUUUUCGCCGGGAUGAGCAUGCUCUCCCUUGCACUAGCUGCUCCUGCGGUUCCAGGCGAGAGCACUCUCGAGAAACGUGGUUUCUCAUGUGCCAGUCCUGUCGCUGGCCUUAGCACCACAGAUUGCAAACACAUGUCGACUAUCGGGAUGGCCGGCAUGGGAACAAAUGCAAAGGCUGCUAAUGGCGGAGUCUGGAUUGGAAGCCAAGGACCCAAUACAUUUGUUUUCAAGAACAAUGCAAAAGCUGCUGUCACUGCCAUCGUCUGGACUCAAGCUCCUGGCGAUUAUCAAAGCUCUUUCAUGAACGCAAGAAAGCCUCAAAUCUCAUAUUCAUUAAACGCUGGUCAAUCCAUCUCCAUAUCCAUGGCAAAUGGAGUAUCCGGCGGAUUCGCAGGUCUUUACAAUCAAAAGACCACCUUGAGCCAAUAUGGUCAAAUCUUCAAUACAUGGGGAGAAUUUACCACCGGUGCCUAUGCCACGGUAGAUGUUUCUCGCGAGGUCCACAUGGGUGGCAAUUCCAUGUCCAUCGAAGUCGGUGGUUGCACUUCCAAUAUGUCUAAGUGUGUCUUUACUUGCAAGAGUGGAAAUACCUGUGGUAAUGCGGGGACGUAUUCUUUGAUUAAUUGUGCGGCGGGUAGUCAGAAGGGUGCGAGUUUUGGUUUGGCCGAUGGUCAACCUUCGGGUGGUUGUCAGGGGUUUAAUAAUGGUGGGAAGGUGUCGGUUACUUUUUCUGAUUAG